UCCUCCCCGCCAGCUGGCGCGGCCUCACCUCCCCUCGGAAGAGGAAACUCCCGCAACCCAAGUAACGGGAACGAGCGCGGAGGAGAGCGGCUGGGGGCCCGGCGUCAGGAGGGCCGCCCAGGGUAGGAGGUGGGCCGGGCAGGGCCAGAAGCUGGCCGAGGACAGCACCCCGGAGCGCCGGGUGGGGAGGUCCGCCGGGCCGGAGGCAGCUCACAACCGGCAUAGGGCGCGGCCCAGGGCCUGGGAGUCCAGGGCGGGCCGCAGCUGGAAAGAGAACUUGAGCUGGGAGAGGAGGCCGAGCCGGAGGGCGGCUUCCCCCGUCCCUGCGAGGGGGGAGCCGCCGCGGAGACGAAGGAGACCGGGACAGCGGGUCUGCUGGGGCGUUGCGCGCAUGCUGGGCCGGGGGCGCCGCCGGGGCUCGCGCCCUGGUCUGCCCAGGCGCCCGGCAUGUCGGUGCACUACACCCUCAACCUGCGCGUCUUCUGGCCCCUGGUGACCGGCCUGAUCACUGCCAUCGUGUGCCUCUACCAUGUCCUACGAGGGAGUGGGGGCGCCCGGGCCGAUCCCCCGGACGGCGCGGACGAUGCGGACGGAGGCUUCCCUCUUCUUAAGGUGUCUGUCUUGCUCCUUCUCGGCUACAUCCUCUUACGCUGUCGCCACGCUGUCCGGCAGCGCUUCCUGCCCGCAACUCCCCGCCUGGGAGGUCACUCCGCCUUCUCUCCAAGACACUUCCGAGAGCCGAGCCUUGGCAUCUUGCUGGAGAGUUACUAUGAGCACGAUGUGCGCCUCUCGCCGCACGUGCUGGGCCACAGUAAGGCACACGUGAGCCGGAUCGUGGGCGAGCUGGUCCGGGCUGGCCGCGCCCGGGGGUCCCCGGGCCCCAUUCCCGGAGGAACACUGGCCUUGGCCUUCCGUGGAGACUUCAUCCAGGUGGGCAGCGCCUACGAGCAGCAUAAAAUCCGCCGGCCCGACGCGUUCGACGUACUGGUGCCAUUGCGCCUGCCGCCACUGGUGGCGCUGGAGCCCCGGAGCUUGGGCACCCAGCCCGGUUUGGCCCCAGCCUUCCACGGCUGCUUUGUGUGCGCACUCAAGGCGCCGCCGGGGGCCUCCGGGAACCACUGGCUCCGGGACUGCAAACCCUUCGCCGACGGCUUCUGUGUGGACGUGCGCGGGCGGCGCCACCUCUCGGCCACCCUGGUGCUGCGCUGGUUCCAGUCACAUCUGCAGCGCUCCCUGGCCACCGUGCGCUACAGCCUUGAGGAGCGCUGCCGGGUCAGCCUAACCCCAGGCGGGUUGGAGCAGCCUCCCACCCUGCACAUCCUGCCCUGCCGCACUGAUUAUGGCUGCUGCCGCCUUUCCAUGGCCGUGCGUCUCAUUCCCGCUGUCCAUGUGGGCGACGGUGUCUUCCUUGUGGCUCCACCACCGCCGUCCUCGCCCCUCGGGCCCCUGUCUGAGCUCCCCGGAGGACUGCGUGCCGAUGCACUGUGGGGCGUGAACACAGCGCGCCAGGAGCAGAAGCUGCUGGGUUGGCUGCAGGAACGGGCCCCUCCAGGUGCCUGCUACCUCAAGUGCCUGCAGUUGUUCAAAGCUCUGAGAGACCUGGGCGCCCACGGGCUGGACCCGGCGGCCGCCGCCCAGUGGGGACGCAUCCUGUCCUCAUACGUGCUCAAGACGGUGCUGCUUGCAGUGCUGCUUCGUGAGAGGGCUCCGGAGCAAGGCUGGGAUGAGGCGCACCUGGGCAAGCGCUUGGAACAGUUGGUGCGGUUUCUUAGGGACUGCCUGCUGCGACGCCAGACACUCUUCCACUGCGUCCUGGGCCCUGGUGGGGCGGCAGCUGAAGUGGGCCCACUGCCCAAGGUACUGCGUGAAGCCGCGCCAGUAGACCUCCUGGCUGCUUUCGAUGAUCACGCCCGCGAACUAGCGGCCGCGCGGUUGCUGUCCACGUGGCGAAGGCUUCCCCAGCUUCUCCGGGCCUAUGGGGGUCCCCGCUACAUUACCAGAUGCCUCCCACCGCGGAGUCAGCACACCCAGGGGUUCCCGAAAGAUGAACCAUAAAUCCUUACAGUAGCCCUACCGGGCCUAAUGCUCCUAAAGCCUCUUCCACCAGGUGGAGGUAGGGGAUGGCAAUGAAACCAGUUCAACUCCAGGAAGAUGAGCUGCAGAAGGUGGUGGAAAAUUUGGAGGAUAACAUUUGGUGGCUUAAAUGCCACUCUUGGGCCAACAAUCCAGUAUAGUUAUGGCAUCUUUUCACAUCCACCAGAGUGUCCUGGUCAGGCUUUGGAAAAACAUCCAACAGCAACAGCUAAGAGUUGGUCUAAAUGUUGGUUUGUGUGGAAUGCUUGUGUGAAAGGAUCCGCAGAUUUUAGGGAAGUCCAGUUAAGGAAGCAAGAACUAGCAGGAGGGAAAAUUCCCUCUGUUGGUUUUUGAGAUGCAGAUCUCUCUGACCCUCACAUUUAAAGAAGUUAAUGUUUUUUGGCAUAACAACUUGCUGGGUUCCUGAUUGUCUUCUUCUAAAAUAUGAGUAUCUACAACUGGAAUUGAAGGUCUUUUCUAGGGGCUACUGUUCUGAGGAACAUUGUUUCCACUCUUCACGUUAACAGUAAUGUAUUUUUUAAAUGGUACUAUCAUGGGUGUUUGAUGGGAUUGUGAAGAGGUCAGUCACACAGGUUGAGAGGCAGUCACGAGUUGGUUAGGGAAGCUCCCAGAGCAAAUAGCACUUUAUUUUUAUCAAUUCUUUUGUUUUUGUGGUAAUUGCUAGUGCCAAGUGUUGCAUCUGAAAGGGAGGCUAACUACAUUUACUAUUAAGAGAUGUGCAGUCUUGAAAAGGUUGCUUUACAUCUCUCCAGACACAUGCCAGAAUGUGUACCAGUCAACGCCCAUUCAUGGAGUGCAUACUGGAAGCCAGAAACAAUGCAAAGUAGCAUCAAAGUACACGUUUCAGACAACAGUGGUGAGGGCCAAAAAGUUGUUGGGUCUCGAGAAAGAUGUACUUUAGUCUUUGCUUAUCAAGGAGUCUCACUGGGACUUGCUGCUGGCUGGAGCUGGAAACAUUUUUGCUUUAAGGCUUUUAAGCAAACUCCUUUGCAUGAGAUUUCUUUCUGAGUUUAAUGAGAUAAUGAAGAGGAAAUGCCCACUGCAUUGCCUAGCAUGUAGUUAGCACUCUCAGUGCUCAGUAAUGGUUAGUGGUUGGAAAGUUUUUCUCCCAUUGCCCAAGCUGCCUAUAAGUGGUCCUAAGGCAACUUGGAGGGAUGGUUGAUUCAGCACAGGUCUUACAAAGAAUUCCACUUACGUAUAUAUAGUUCAGUAUCUUGGACUCUGUACUUGAAGACAAAUGAGUCCCUGAUUAGUCAGCAGAGGAGACAUGCAGUAGAGGAGAGCAGGAGGAGAUGGGUGGAGGUAGAGGGAAAUAGCCCAUGUCAACAGUCAGCUCCUUUUUGCCUUUGGACAGAUAUCACCAGGUUGGUUGUAUUUUGCAGCCUGGAGGAGCCCAUUAUGAAAUCCCUCCUUGUCCUCCCAAAUUUCUAACAGCCCACAAUUCCAGGUUUAGAAUAGUCCAUUAUAUACUCGCCUAAUAGAAGCUGCAGCCAGUCCCUGUGUUAUACUCUGCUGUUUUUUUUUGUUUGUUUGUUUGUUUUAAACCAAGACGUGUGCUCCAUUAGACUCUUAAAGGUAAAACCUGGAAGACAGAAGUAGCCACCUGAAUAGGGCCAUUGUUUAACUUCUGAGUUAUUUUAAGGGAACUCUUUAAACUUUCUUUAGGGGAUCUGCUCAGCCACUGAAGAAAAUCAUUUUGAAUAAAUAAUUUAUAGGAAAUCCUCAUCACAACUGCAGAGACUUCCUACAUACUUUGCAACCUUGGACUGUGAGAGUUGCAAGUGUACUUUCUCUUUGAGGUUGUUUUGGGGAGAGUUCCCCUUGAUACCACAAAGAUUAUUUCUAGCUUUUGAGGUCAGUGUUAGGUUAUAAGGUACUGCAUUUAGCAAAGGAUCAGUCUACCAACUUCCUGCAAAGAUAUAAACUGCACAGUGUUUUAAAAAAAUUGCUCUCUAAAUGCCGACAGGAAUUAGAUCUUAUAUUGUUUCCUAGUCAGCCACAACUUCCUCUGUAGUCAUUAAGGCUACUGGAACCGGGGACAGCGAGGCUCUGGGCAGGAUUUUAAAGCUUUAAAAGCUGAAUUUUCCAAAUAUUUCUAGCUGACUUGAUAUGUUUCUUUUUUAUCUUAAUAGUGUUUUGAAGUUUAAAUUUGAUAACAUACUGCUUUUGUUAUUUUUUUCUUCAGGUUAAUUACCCAAAGCCUCAUCCAUCCUCAAGAUUUUAAAAUUUUAUUAUUUUUUUAAAUUAAUGGGGCAUUGUGUUUGUGAAUUUUUUAAUAUUAAUAUUUUAUUUAAAUGCCAUGCUGAGCAAUUGUUCUCUGUACAUGGUAACCAAAACUUAAGAGUUUUCGAUCAAUUUUGAUCAAUGUUUAGUAAUCCCAAACAUGUACUGUGUACAAAUGAAAUAAUAUGGCAUAUUAGCCAGGUGUGAUGGUUGCCUGAGGCACUUAAGCUCAGUUCUGUAUUUUAUUAGGGCUCCAUCAUGACCUUGAUCAGAAAAGUACACAUUUUUGGUGUAUACUUGGUACUGGAGAUUCAUAUUUGCAAAUAUUCUUAUACAGGAAGGCUCAGAAUUGCUCUUAAAAAAAAAAAAAAAAAAAAAAGGUUAAUUAUCCAUAGCCAGUGCCCAGAGAAAAUGUUUGGGGAAAAUGACUCAGCCAUUUUGCCACGAGACAUCCUUCAGUAACUCCCGCUGACCAGUCCUGGGAGCCGUCCUAGAAUGCUCGUGGGCUGAGAGUAGGAGGUGGGUUUUUUGUUCGUUUGUUUGGUUUUUUUGCAAAAUGAAACUGAAGUGAAAGAAGGGAGAGUGCGAGUGAACCAAGAGAAAUAGGAAGGACUCUGGAAAGAAGACUUACGAUGGAAAUGAAAGGAAGGAGAUACAGGGUGGAAAUCAUAUGUGGGUGGUAAAGAGGUUUGGGUUAGGAAACACAUUUUUAGGUAUGUGCUAUUUCAAAAUCAGAGGUCGCAAACUCAGUAGCCUGCAGAAACAAGGUCAAGAAAGGGGGGUGGGCAGCGGGGACUGCUUGUCUCAAGGGCCAUUACUCGGCUCCAAGCAGGGAAAGUGGGUACCGAGGGACUGGAAAUCUGGAUUUUUUAAAAGUGAAGCUUUCUGAUUUUUAAACAAAAUGCUUUAAAAAUGUCCAAAACACCAUGUGGGCCAAAUAAAAACAUUUGGCUGAGCCUGCAGGCCACCAGUUUCUGACCCUUGCCUUACACAGCUAAUCCCCCAAGUAUGUAUAAGGUUAUAUUUAUUGUUAUGGAUAUGAUGUUGUUAUACAUAGUUGGGGGAGUGAUAUUUAGGUCUUUUUUUAUAUCUCAGAGCUAAGCUUUAUUGUAGAAACAAACCAAAAAAAAUUAACACGGCCACAGAUAACGCUUAACUCACAGUUCCCAGAAGGACCCUCUAUCCUGGAGUUGUUCUUUGCAGUCAGAUCUUUCAGCAAAAGCCACUGGGGGCUGGUUCUUGGCAUUUCCUUCCUGGUGAGUCAGGCUAAACUCCUAGGCUAUGUCGGAGUUUGAAGAUGAGUCAUCAGGAAGGAUUGCAGAAUAACUUGUUUCUUUUUUAUCUGCAUUUUAUUCUUAUUUUAAAAUUAAUAAUAAAAAUUAUUUUUAGUAGUGUCUUGCCUGAGCCUUAGCAAUGAUAGCUGGUGGCCUUGAACACCAGAAAAACAGUGCUGGGCCCUCCGGCCAGUCUCCGUAGGCUUGUCACUGUUUCCAUUGCCAAGAACACUGUUCUGAUCAGAUGUGUCUAUCCCUUUCUGACUCUGUGGCUCCCGCCAAAAUUGACAUCCUAGCUUUCUGAAGGAAUUAACCUGCCUGCUUCCAAAGUGUCUCUUUUAUCCUCAUGGAGUAAAUCACUUUUUCUGUAAAAUGUGGCUUUUGACCUUGAUACCGAAGACUUAUUCCCACCCAUAAAGAGAGGAAGGCUAUUACUUCCCUCCCUGGUAGUGGAAAAAAUGAAUCUCAUUAACAUUUCCAGUGUCCCCUGUGAGGGAAAGAAGUUCAGUGUUAUCAUGUGGCUUUUGUUAAUUUUUUAAAAAUCACAUGUCUGUUACUUAGACCUACUGUUUAUUUUUUUUAUACCUACAUAGCACAUGAUUUGGUGGGGAUAAAGCAAGUAUAAACUGGGAGCGGGUGAAGGUAUAUGUGAUCAUCUAUACAGAGAGAAUAGACUAAAACAUGCAGCUAAAUUACAUAUAACCUGAUUUUUGAAGUAUCAGAUAUUCAGGAAUAUUUUAGCACCUUUUGCUUUUUAAAAAGUGCCUUCAUUUAGUCACUUGACUUUAAAACAUUCCUCUUAUUUUAUUGUGAUUUUUUAAAAUGUGCGUUUUGACCCCAAACUGUGUAUUAUGAUGUAGUAUCUCAACUGCAGUUACAGCAUAUGUUUUUUUCCAAUAACAGAGACCAAAGAGUUAAUCAAAUAUGGUUCAGCUGCUACAGUUGUGUGAUUAGAAGGCAUUUUAAUCACACCAAAUUUCCAAGGCCCAAAUAGUUGAGGCCUGCCAUUUGUUUUCUAUUUCAGGUUGGAGUAAAUUUGCACUUUUAAUCAUAUGGGUCAUUUGGGGACCUUGUUCUUUUAUACUUUGCUUUGUUAAUAAA